CUUCGUCAGCUCCACCUCGCCGUGCCAAACACGAGGCUGCACAUCCCAGAAAGGCAUCCUGCUGCCUCCGUCCCCACAGGGAACGAGCGGAGCCGCCAAGGACGGACGGACCCUUGGGGGAAGGACGGACGGAGCAUCACUCAACCUGCAACCCAAGAAAGCUGGACCCUGGAGACCUUUCCACAGUGAUGCGGCUGUUUGGACACAGCCUUCUCCUCCUUCUGCUGCAGUAGCAAUGCUAGUGUCCCCUCGCAGCUGCAGUGAGGAGCUCUUGGCCCGGGCAGGAGUGAACCUCAGGCUCUGCGUGGUGGCGUUGGUGGCCAUGGAGUGACGUGCCAGCAGGAGGCUGAAGCUGAGGGCCUGGCCACCGGGGCGGCCGAAUGCGCCCUGCUCACGCGCUCCUCGCCUCUGCCAUGAAUGAUGCAUCGACGAUGGAUUAUGAACUGCUCUCCCCUUCCUUGGUGGAGCACCCAGCCGGCGCCGCGGGUAUGGACGCCGAGCAGAAAACCGUCUUUGCCUUUGUCAUCUUCCUCCUGGUCUUCUUGGUGAUGCUGAUGGUGCGCUGCUUCCGCAUCCUGCUGGACCCCUACAGCCGCAUGCCCGCCUCCUCCUGGACCGACCACAAGGAGGGGUUGGAGAGGGGCCAGUUUGACUACGCCUUGGUGUAGAGGGCAGGGAUGGGGCGAGCCUGGGUGCUCCGUGUGCCUCCCACCCCAGCUGGCCCCGGCCCCGGCCCCCCCUUCCUCUGUGGUGUUGCCCCCGGCCAGCAGAGAUGCUCUGGGCAGGGAGGUGAGGUUGGGCUCUCAUCCGGGGUGGGUUUUCUAGGGGUUUCUCUCUUUUCUAAGCACUUUUCAGUUCUCUUUGCAGUCUGCGGGACUCUUGGAGAGGUGUGUUGGAGAAGGGGUGAUGUGAGGCCGCCUGGUCCCUGCUGCCCAACGUGGCCCCGGGCAGCGUCGCGCGCCGCGGUGAGGGGCAGGAGGCGAUGGGGCAGGGCAUGGCGGGACCUGCCCUCAGCCACGGCCCACAGGGCUCCCGCUCCGGGUGGCUCUGCCUGGUGCCAGGCCAGAGCUUGGACCCCCACCUCCUCCUGCCCCCCACGUCGCCCUUGUCUGUGUCCUCUGGGGAGUGCUGACCGUGGUCCAGUGCGUGUGUCCAUGUGUCCCUGUAGCUGAGCUGUGUCUGUCAGGGGGUUUAUAGGCACCAGACCCAAGUGCUGGCUUUGUUCUUCUCUGUGUGGCAGUCCCAAGUGCCCCCCACCCCAGCUGCAAGUGAAGGGGGGGAGAUGGAGACACCCCCCCCACACACACCCACCACGCGCAGCCCCCUUUCGGCGUCCAGCCCUGCAGCCUGCUCUCCGCUUCACACCGUAGUGACCUGUCCCUGCCCAGCUGGUGAGAAUGGUCAUGGCAGCAGACCUGCCUGGGUGGCCCCUGCUGGGAGCCCAGAAGGGACCCAAAGGUCCCCCCAUGACACCUGGGAGAUGCUCCUCAGCCAGCCCAAGCCUGGCAGCCUCCCACCGGCAUCCCACCCUGGCCAGUCCCUGCUCCGGCAGGAUCUGAGUGGCCUCCCCACAUCCAGGGGGCUGCUGGGGUUGGCCAUCUUGCAUCUGGCUAUCAGAAGGGCUGUGUUAAGUAGCCGAGGGGCAAACAGAGGCUGCCCCUUUGCGGGACCCAUGCCUGUUGAGUAGGGGAUGCUGCAGCUAGCCACAGGGCUAGCAAAAACCAUGGUGGGUUAUGGCUGUGGGCCACUGAGAAGGUUUGUACUAAGGGAUUUGAGCCCGUGGGGGACAACCUCUUCCCCCACCGUGGAAAUAAAGCUGCACUGUGCUGACCCCA